UGUGGAUAUAAUCGUAGUAAUCUGUGCUAGUCUCCCUAUUUGAAAUUCGGCGAAAUUAAUUUUGAAAAGUUCUUACCUUGCAGAUUUUUAAUCUCAGAUUUUGCGAAACGUGUUUAAAAACGUGUAUUAUUGCAUGUAAGACAUUGGGUCCAAAACUUACAGAAUGUUGAAUACAAUUUACGGUUCCAAGAAUAUGAGAAGAUCCAACAUACGAGAGGACAACACAAAUCCGAAGACAAUGCCCUUAGACAAUCUGGUGCAACAAAUUGAUAGCCAAGCACUUGCCUAUUAUCUGGAACAAACAUCAAUAUUUCUCAAGAGUACCAAAAAGGAUGUAUGGUUUCCCCGACUAUCACCACAUUUAGAUGCUUUGUUAGUUAGGAUGAUAAAAGAUGUGCAGAAUAUUACAAAACUACUUGAUGCAUUUGAUAGCAAAAGCAAGAUUUUUGCCAUUGAAAUUAUAGAUGCAUUAAAACAAAAUCAGAAUAUAUAUAGUUUGUCAUAUAGCUAUGAGAACAGUAAUAUUGACCAUGAUAUCCUGGUGUAUAGGAAAGUAUUUAAAGAUAAACAGUUGAACUCACCAACCAAAAAGAGCAACAUAAACUCUAGCAGCAAUUCACAGAACAAAGACAGUGAGAGUUUGAAACCAUCCAACAAACAGAACACCAGUCCCGACGUGGAUUGGGUCAAGGCAACUCUUAAAUUUGUCAAAGAUAGCACCUUGGACACAUUAGAAUACCCAAUAAUGAGCUUUGAAGAAGCAAAUCUAGUGCACUCUGUUGUUCGACUGCAAAGUGAUGUAGAUGUGACUCCCUUGGGCCCGCUGUGUAUCGAACUGCUGGAUGCUAUCAAAUUAUUGAACGAAACACAAGAGUUAAAAGCUAGUUACCUGUAUGUCGCUUCUGAUAAAGUCCGUCUGUCUAUUGAAAAGAAGCCUUUGAACAAUAACAACCUUAAAAAAAAAAAACUACCUCCACCGCCACCUGUCAAAAGUGACGGCAAAACGCAAGAAAAAGCAGAACUUAAUAAUAAAAAGACCUCAAACACUGUUACUGAAACGAAGUCUAAAUUCGCAAAAAAGUUGGAACUCCUCGAAAAUCUUGACAAAUCCUUCGUCAGCACUAGUCUGAAAAUGAUUUUAGACUUUCUAUCUACUGAGGAAGAGGCGAGUGUGAGAUUUAGGAACGCCAAUGAACAUCAAUGCACUUUCAUACAGAGCGCAUGUGCUAUAGCGAAAACCCCUAAGUUUUAUAUAUUAUUCCCUAGCAAAACUGUAGAUGUAUUGAAAAAUAUUAAUAAAAUUCUGUCAGAAAAUCAGUGUUAUGAUAUUAAAAUUGACGUCGCUAAGGUGCAGAAAGAUAAUAAACUGAGAACUGUUUCCUUAACAAAAAAUCCGAGAUUUUCAGAGAAGAAAAGUUUGGCGAAAGACAAUGAUCGGGUCCAUUCCCCAAAUUUUUCCUUGUCCAGAUCCGAAAGCAUAGAUCGGAAAAAUGUACCUAAGAAAAAUGUCGCCUUCCAAAGUGGUGGUAAGCUAGAACAUGUGACUGGUGGAAUCGUAACGGUGGAUAGAGCUAGUGAAACACCUAUGAAUGCAGACAAGCAAGAUAAAAGUGUUCCUGUCAAAGAUAAAGAGAAUAUAGUGCCAAAAACACAAAUAGAGAAUAAAAAUGUACCCGUCGAAAAUGUUAAGAAAGAUACACAAAAAAAUAGUAAAAUAGUGCCGACCGGUAAAUCGGUAAAGACCUCUCCUAUCACGGUCAAUAAAGAAAAUACCCAAACUACAGAUAAAACACCAAAGACAAAGAACGCAGAACAAAAGCUGGUUGAAAGCAAAGGACAGACUAGACUUUCUAGAAUAGAUACAAUUAAGCAAAAUGAAUCAUCUGAUACCAAGAGAGCUGUGAGCGUCCCACCGCAGACCAAAGACAAAGUAGAUGGUAAAACCAAAGAUACAGCAAUUGCAACAAUUGACAAUAAGGGGUUAUGCAUGAGAAAGCUCAAGUUGUUGAAUGCAAUGUCUGUUCCUAUGGAAAGUGAUAUUGCAAUGAGAAUGAUGAAACAAAUGGGAUGGCAAGGCGGCCCUCUGGGUCUCCGGGGCGAAGGCAUAACUGAACCAAUCGUACCUGCUUUGCAUUUGUCUCCCGGUGCAGGCUUAGGUCAUGUAAAACCCCAGAACAAAUCUAAAAUCACUGGCGCUUUCCGAUAUGAAUUCUUAAAAGAAGUACUGUACCUCUUGAAACAAGACUGGCAAAAGCGCAUCAUCGAGUUUAAAACACCACUUACGAAUUCACAAAAGAAAUAUAUCGUUAACACAGUACGGCUUUGUAAUGAGAGAAAAGAAAUUAGUCAGGAAUCUGAAGAAGCGGCUACAGUAGUGGUUAAUGAGGUUAUGGAGGAAUUAUUGUGUGAGCCUGAUGUUUGUGUAAGCUGCGCCUUUUCAGUUGACAAAGGAAACCUUGUUCUCACGAAAUACAUGAAACCCAGCGAAGCAAAAGAGCCCAAAACUCUACCAACAAACAAAGAUAAAGAAAUUAAGCAAAAGUGCACUAAACUACCUAUAUUAAUUACUGCGAAAAACGCCAAAAGCAUUGGUCAUCUAUGCAAUGCGACCGGUUCCGUAGCGACGAGAAAUGGCCUAGCUAUCAUUCUUCAAUUCAAAUUGUUGGAGUUUCUGAAAAGCGAUCUUCCAGAUUAUACAAUAAAGUUUGAUUUCGAUUUGUCCAAGAAGUUCGUUGCGUUCGCAAACUUUUUCGUGCAACGAGUUAAUGCGCGCGGUACGCCUGUUUGCCAGACUUCCAUCGAAUACGAUUUGGGUAUGGAAAUAUUGAAGUAUGCCAAAAACAAAAAGAUAUCUGUGGAUUGCGACCAAAAUAGCUUGGACAAGUUUGUCGUCGCCCCGUUUUACAUAGAAGACAAUUUACUACAACGAACAGACUGUUUGAAAAACCCCGAACCCAUCCGGCAAAGUGAUUCAUGGGAUGUAUUCUCUGUUUACAGAUCAAUAAUAUUCCGGCAACCUUUAGGCAAAUAUCCAAACAUUGAAUCUAAAGAACUCAGCGAUUAUACAAAUAAUAAUAAUAGUAUUACUGUUAACAAAAACAAAGAAGACGCUAAAAUUAUAGAAGAAGAACUUGACGAAGCCUCCGUUGAGGUUAUUCAAAAUGUUAUUGGAAAGGACAGUAAAGUAACAGGCAAUGUAGAAAACUGUGUAGAUGACUGGAACGAGAUCGCAUCUGACGAUUCGUUCGUUAUCAAAGAAGAAGUAAACGAGAAGACAUCUGCAAAUGAAAAAAUGUCUAGAGAUGUGUCUUUUAGUGAAGAAAUUAAACAAGAAUAUAAAAACAUAGUUCAUGAAGACAUCGCUGUAAACGGCCAAGAAAUACCAAAUUCCAACAUCAAUACAGAUAGCAAAAGAGCGAGAUCCGAUUCGGAUGAUUCAAUCAAACUUAUGAAGAAAACUAAAAUCGACGCGCCUGUCACUUAUUUAUUCCUAAAACCGAAAGACAGUGACGAUAUAAGCAAUGAUCAAGUGAAGAAAUUCCAAUCGGCUUUAGCUGAUAAAAUAUAUACUGCUGCAAAUCGACCUUUGCUCGAGUGUCAUGGCGUCGAAAAUGGCACGGUAAUCUACGGCUGUCAUAACGAAGUUGGCGUGGCACUUGUCAAAAGCGUUGCCAGCCAAAUGGAAUUCACUGUCAAAGAACAUUUCUAUCGAGAGGGGAGCAAUCGUAAAAUGAAAGUUAUCGUGAACAGCUACUUCGGUAUUAAUUUGAAGAAAUUCUUCAAUACCAUAGAAAGUUAUAAUGAUGGAUUAUCGACGGAAAGUUGGGCUGUUCUCGACGUCGAAGUGUCAAGGGGUCAAAUAGUAUUACUACUGGACAUUGACCAUGUAUCUCUCCAACAUAUUGUGGAUAACAAUUUCAGACUCUUUGCUGGCAUUGACAGAUUGCGAUUCAGCAUUGCGUGGGACUAA